UCCAGUCAUUACUAUGGGCGUGGAACCUGUAAAAAGGGGACCUCGCAGCAGUAGACAGUAGUUGCAUUUACCGGGCUGAUUUAUUUUGUGAUGGGAAACACUGACGACCUAUUAACGGUUCAAGUUAAAUACUGAGGAUAUUUACCCGGACACUAUGGACAUCACCAUUACAACUCUUGAAGAUUCAUCGCCUCUGAAAGUCGUAUGACAGAGACUCGCGCAGGUAAGCUGCAGAAAGCUCAACCGCACGCGUAUUUCCCACAUCGGAUGAGUCGAGGCCGGGAAGCAAGAUUGAUGUGCACACUGACGUCGUUCCGUUGAUACCCCCAUGGUGAAGAAUUGUCACCGGGUGUAUGCUGCAGAUAUUCGGCCCCCACUCCAUCUUCACUUUGGGAAUAGCCAUGGCAAUCAUCUGGAAACGUCAGUGACUCAACAAUUAAAUCGCCAUGGAAUCGGGUGCUGAGCCCAUUGGAUUUAAAUACCCAUCUCUUCCCAAUUCACAAUGUGAACUCAACAUAAAUAUGUAUGAGACUAGCAGAGACGGAAACGUCACUAAUAUGGACACUUCGACGGUCGUGAGAGGUGGGAGCGACCCAAGUGCAUAUCCUCCAUCGAAUUAUCAGCGGAUCGUGCGCCAAAGAUUCAUCAGGAGAAGUUUGUGGUUCUCAGACUCUGAUGAGCAGGCCUUUGAGGUGCCAGAAUGUGACAACCGGAGUAAAAUCCUCAACGUAAGCCUGCGCACGUUAGUUGACAGGACACGGGGGGCUCGGUUGGGGCCACAGGAGAGCUCCAGUCCUGAGAGUCAAGGGGGGAAGAAAGGCAGCGCCACAGAGAGCGCCAGCGCUGAUGAGAAGGAGAAGACUGUGGAUAAAUUGAAUGUUACAUCCACCGACGGCAGUAAAAACACUGUCAGAACUGCUAGCGAGGAGGAAGAGGCGGAGAUGAAAGCUGUUUCCACGUCCCCUGGGGGACGGUUUCUCAAGUUCGAUAUCGAGCUCGGGAGAGGGUCCUUCAAGACUGUCUAUAAAGGUCUGGAUACUGACACCUGGGUGGAAGUUGCCUGGUGUGAACUUCAGGACCGUAAGCUGACCAAAGUGGAGCGUCAGCGGUUUAAGGAGGAGGCCGAGAUGCUGAAGGGGCUGCAGCACCCCAACAUCGUCCGCUUCUAUGACUUUUGGGAGUCACCCCUCAAAGGGAAGAAGUGCAUUGUCCUGGUGACGGAGCUCAUGACCUCCGGAACACUCAAAACGUAUCUGAAGCGCUUCAAGGUGAUGAAACCCAAGGUCUUAAGGAGUUGGUGUAGACAGAUCCUAAAGGGCCUCCACUUCCUCCACACCCGGGACCCUCCUAUCAUCCACAGGGACCUGAAGUGUGACAACAUCUUCAUCACGGGCCCCACCGGCUCUGUAAAGAUAGGAGACUUGGGCCUGGCCACGCUCAAGAGGGCCUCCUUCGCCAAGAGUGUCAUAGGCACCCCAGAGUUCAUGGCCCCAGAGAUGUAUGAGGAGCACUAUGACGAGGCAGUGGACGUCUAUGCCUUUGGGAUGUGUAUGCUGGAGAUGGCCACCUCAGAGUACCCCUACUCGGAGUGCCAGAACGCAGCACAGAUCUAUCGCAAAGUUACCAGCGGAGUGAAGCCUGCCAGCUUCAACAAGGUUGUGGAUCCUGAAAUCAAGGAGAUUAUUGGCGAGUGCAUCUGCCAAAAGAAAGAGGAGCGGUACUCUAUAAAGGACCUGCUGAACCAUGCCUUCUUUGCGGAGGACACAGGGGUGCGGGUGGAGCUGGCAGAGGAUGAUGAUGGGAAGAAGGAAGCUAUCGCCCUGAAACUGUGGGUGGAAGACCCCAAGAAGCUGAAGGGGAAGUACAAGGAGAGUGGCGCAAUUGAGUUCACCUUUGAACUGGAGAAAGAGACACCAGAGGGCGUAGCCCAAGAGAUGGUGGAAUCUGGGUUCUUCCAUGAGAGUGAUGCUAAGAUUGUGGGGAAGUCUAUCCGAGACCGUGUAGCGCUGAUCAAAUGGAGGAGAGCGAGGUCCGUAUUGGCAGGACCCCCAGUGGACAUAGGAGAGGCAGGACUCUGGGCCCAGUCAGCCCCGGCCCAGGGGGCCUCUGCUGGGGCUACACAGGCAGUACAGCCCCCUCUGCUGGAGCCAGAGGCAGACCAGCACGCCAGGCUGUGUAACCUUCCAGCCAGCGCCACCUCUGUCACAUCAGACAGUACGUUUGACAGUGGCCUGGGCUCCGCUGUGUACUCUGACUCCCACAGCAGCCAACACAAUGUCCUCUACCAGUCCCUAGUAGAGCCCAUCACCAAGGCAACGCAGCAGCGUCACCGCAGUGGUCUGUAUUUGGCUUCAGCACGCCCCCGCUCCUGUGAAAAGGGCGAGGGGUGGAAAGGAGCCUUCGGGCCAGAGCUCCAAGUGGGGGUAGGAGCAGGGGCAAGGAGAGGGAGUGCCUCUGUCAUUGACACUCUAAGGGGCAACAACGUCACUCUUCAUAUGCUCCUGCAACCUCUGACCUCUGGGCCCUGCAGCCCACAGAGAGCUGCCAGUCCUGCCCCCACAUCACCAGACAACCAAACAGCGAGCAGCCCAUCUGAGUUCCGCUCCGAGGCAGAGGACGGCACCCCUUUUCCAAGUGUGUUGCCUGCCCCCCUCCUCCUGGCCCUCCCUGACCCCACACACUCUGAGGCCCGGCGUCUUAGUGACUCUUCUGUUGAAUCCCAGACAUUGGAAGCCACCAAUGCGAGCAGGGUUAAAUCUGUGUCAAGUGGGCGGAGGCAUUCAGACUUCAGCACCCUGCUGAGUCGAAACUCUGCCCAUCAUCAUCACCACCACCACCACCAAGGCACACCCAGAAAGCACCUCUGCCAGGCCUGCUUCUCUCUGCUGCUGCAGAAGUCACAAGAAGGGGGGCACAAGCAGCAGCACAUCACCAUUCCCUUCCCACCACACCCAUGUGGGGUAGCGACAACUGCAGGAUCAGGAGGGGUGAAAGGUCAAAGUCAAAUAGGAAGUGACUGCUCUGACCUCUUCUUACUACAACAGAACCUGAUGAACAUCAUCAGCCGUAAAACCACCCUAUCCAACAAGGGCCAAGCCUCCCUCCUCCACCAGCCUGCAGCCCAGCAGCCUGCCAAGAACUAUGGGGAUGGGAGUCUGAACUUACCCCAGAGAGGCAGCUUCAGUGGUGGCCACACUACACCUCCUCUGGCCAGGCCCACACAGGACCGCAGGGCCAGCUACUGCGCUGGGGAGCAUAGAGCCACCGGGCCCCUGGGAGUGUCCAGUGCUGUGCACACCUUGCUCCAGAACCAUGCGUCUCUCCAGAGCCAGCCUGCCCCGGCCCCGCACACCCACCUGCAAUACCUCCAGCCUGGCCACAGCUACCCCAUCGCUCCCCAGGUCAUUCAACAGACACCCACCACAGCCAGCUUCUCAGGUGUAGCUUUACAACACACCCCAGUCUCAGCAAGUUACUCUGCAUCAAACAUUCCCCUACAACAGAAUCAUACCGGACAGAGCUACCCAGCUCCACCUCAGCAACAGACAGCAACAAGUUAUACAACUGCAAAUGUAUCACUUCAACAGCCUGCAGCAGGCUUUUCAGCGACAACCAUGCCCCCGCAGCAGCCACACACCGCAGCAAGCUACACAGUAGCAACAAUGCCAAUCCAGCGGAAACCAACUCCACAGAGUUAUGUUGCUCCAGCUCUGCAACAGCUGGCUCCAGCUCUGCAACAGCUAACUCAAACUGCAGCGAGCUACGCAGCUCCAACUCUGCAACAAAACCCAACACCAGCAAGCUUCUCAGAAGCAGCAGCCUUGUCUGUCCAACAGACUGUAUUGGCCGCUACCAUAGCAGCAGCAACAAAACCCUCACAACCAACUGCACAGAACUACUCUACUCCAGUGGGGCAUCUCCAACAGACUGCACCCACACAGAGUUAUGCAUCUGUAGCCUCAACUGUGGUCCACACAGUACCUAUACCCAGUCUCCCUACUUGGACCCCCAGUGUAGCAACACAACCUCUAGCUUCUGUUGUGCCUCCCCCAGUCCAGCCUUGCCCAGCCCCAAACAGCCUCUCAGACAAAGCCAUGCCUCCCAUUCUGCAGCCUGGCCAGUCUAGUCCCAUGCUUCACAGACAACAGACAGUGCAGGUCCCCCUACCCCAACACAGCCAGCCAAUGGUCAAGCCUACUGUCCAACAGGCUCCAGUUGUCCAGCGCUACCAGUCACCUGCCCAUACUGAGCAGCAAGGUUCAACUCUCCAGAGUUUCCCCAGUUCUGUACCCCUGAUGGGGCAACAGGACUCGGCUUCACAGAGCUACCCACCCUCAGACCCAUACACACAACAGGCUGCUUCACAGAGCUACCCACCCACAGCCACACAGGCUGCAAUGGUGCAAGGCUACACAUCACUCCAACCCAGUGUGAUGGGUCAGGCCUAUCCAUCUGCUCAGGCUCCACAGCAGGCCUCAGACCCACAGACCUACCCAGUGGCCCCCAUAGUGCAACAACAGACUGGGACUACUGCACAGCACAGCCAGAUCCAGGUGGCCCCACUACCCCCAGGCCAGCAGUACCAACUCUAUCUCCACAACCCAGCUUUCCCGAACCAGAAUGUCCCUGGGGGUCAAAGCCUUCCCCAUCACCAAUCAUUAUCUAGUCUGCCUGCCCAGGCACUGCCUCCUCAGAAGACAUUGGCUCAGGCCUCUGACCCUCUGCAGUUGCAGCCACUACAGAUGUCCACUUCUCUUCCAACAACACACCUUUCACAGGUCAAGCAGCAGACCCAGCUUCCAGAUCCAGUCCACCCCUCCCAGCCUACCCAUCCUGCAGUUUUCUCCUCUCCCAUACAUAGUGGACCGGACAGGGGCACAGUUGCUGCCGCAGCCCAGCUUAACCAGAACCUCAGCCAAAACCUGUCUCAGCGUCGGGCACUAGGCCAGAACCAGAGCCAACCCCAGGCUCCAGCGUCACAGCCACCAGGCUCCCAGACCGCAGGACCUGGGCUUGCCAGCACCAGCUUGACACAGCAGAACCAGGCCAGUGCCAGCACAGGGACCACGGUCACCUCGGCACAGCCUCUAACAGAGUCCAAUCUGGAGGAUCCUGGUGCAGAGAAGCAGGCGUCAGGGGCCAGCUACUCCUACGACAGUGUGAACUCCGAUGCCACCUCAGGGAAGGAGAUGAGCGAUGGUAAUGAGGGGGGACACGGGUCAGGGAAGGGCGAGGGCAAGGUCCGGAAACCCCACCGCCGCUCCACACGCACCCGCUCACGCCAAGAGAAGAUCAACAAGCCCAAACUCAGCAUGCUCAAUGUGUGUAAUACAGGGGAUAAGAUGGUGGAGUGUCAGCUGGAGACCCACAACCACAAGAUGGUCACCUUCAAGUUUGACCUGGACGGAGACGCACCUGAGGAGAUCGCCACUUACAUGGUGGAGAAUGACUUCAUCCUGCUCCUGGAGAAGGAGAUGUUUAUAGAGCAGCUGAAGGACAUUGUGGACAAGGCUGAGGAUCUGCUGAGUGAAGACACUGAGGGCGAGAGGAGCUCUGACCACAUGGGCAGUCCUCAACAGAGCAACGGAACAGUCAUACUGGGGGGAGAGGGUUCAAAGACUGCUACACCUAAUUCACCACAGCUUGUUUACCAGCAGAACGUCCUCCACACUGGGAAGCGCUGGUUCAUUAUCUGCCCCGUGGCCGAGACGCCCACGCCAGACAGGGAGAAGACCUCAUCAGACGCCUCUACAGCCAAGGGUGCGUGUACGCACACACGCACACACACGGAGGCUCCUGAUAUAUCAUUGUCUAGGUCCAGCUGCAGUACUACUCCUCCUGUUCCUGCCCUGACCACCACAGCCCCUACUCCAGCCCGUUCUGCCCUCUCUGUACCUCAGAGCUCUAUUCAGCCUCAGGACCCCAAUGUGGGCAAGGCCAGAAUGCAGCAGCCCCAGGCCUCUGGAACCAAACCCACCACCAAUAGUACCACUGCUGCUGUGGGCCGCCACGAGCCCUGUGUCUCCAUGGUAACAGACAUCCCAUGCUGCCCCAUUGUUCCACCCGUGUCUCUGGAUGUGAAUGGGGUGGGACAUAAAGGGGCGAGCAGCUCUUCCUCCUGUCUACCCAAUCAGGGGGCCAGCCUGUCAGGAGACCCGCCCCCUCUGGGCUCCCACCAACCUGUGGUCCUGCAGCAGCCCUACUCCACGCCCAGCAUGGUGGGUGGAGGAGGUGGAGCCACAACACCAUCACAGCCCCAGAGUCCAGCCCACCAGGCCUCCCAGCAGCAGGAUGGACCUGGUGGAUCUGGGAGUGGAGGUGGUGGGGGCCUGGGGGAGUCUGAUGGAGAGGGCCCCCCCAGGGUGGAAUUUGUGGACCGCACGAUCAAGACUCUUGAUGAGAAGCUGAGGAACCUGCUGUACCAGGAGUAUGCCCCAUCUGCUCCCUCCAGCACCGCCUCAGACCUCCAGGGCUUCAGCACAGAGGGGGUCAGCUCUCCCCUUGUCCCUGACAGCCAGACCAUCACAGAGGGGGGGCUCCCCAGGAAGGGAGAGCUGCUGCCUCAGAUCCCUGAGCGUAUACAUAGUUUGGAUACCCUGAGUGACUCUGCAGGUGUGCUGAACACUGACAUGAUGGGCAGUUCCAGUUCCUAUGGCUCCAAGAGCCGUUUUCAGAUCGUCCCCACUCCUCCAGACGUCAUCAUCCGUCGUUUAGAGAAGGGCAGAAGUCUCAGCACCUGCAGCUCCACGGCUCCCUCUAGUGGCUCGGGGGGCUCUCACGCUGCAGCUGAGGGGGGAGGACGGCGAGACCAGGGGUGUAUGGGCAGGUUCUCAGUGAUAACCACCGAAGACGGGCUGGAAAACACAGCUAAACCUCACUGUAGCCACCGCUACUCAGCCCCGCCAGACUUCUACCAGGACACUCCCACCUCCAGCCCCAACGCCACCCCCACUCUGCUCCCACGCGCCCACACUGCUGAUGCUGCCACGAACUACUCCUUCCACUUCGACUCUGACUCAGGGGAGGAGGACACCAGUAGUUUAGCCCCUCCCCCUGCCCACCACAAGCCUCCAGUCCACGCACUCUCGGAACACAGCGGAAGUGACCUCAUGAAGAGGGCGGUGGCCUUCCUGCGCCGCACGGGCCGCAGCAGCAGUGUGCAGAGCUCUGAUUCGCCGAGCCGGCAACCAGCGGUAGCGAAUGGCCACGCCCUCUCGCGGCCUGGACCCGGCCCCGCAUCGUACAUCAGCAGUGACAACGAUUCUGAGUUUGAGGAUGCGGACAUGAGGAAGGAGCUGCAGAGGCUGAGGGAAAAACACAUGAAGGAGAUCUCAGAGCUGCAGGCGUUCCAGAGGAAUGAGAUCGAGCAUCUGUAUAAAGAGGUGGGGAAAGCCCUGCCGCCUGGUGUAGGCCUGCUGCACGCUGCGCCCCCUAGUGGCCGCAGACGUAGGGCCAGCAAACACAAGCUGAAGGCGGGCAAGCUGCUCAACCCCACGGUGCAGCAGCUGAAAAACAACCUGAACACCACCACCGCCGGUGAGAGGAAAGGUGAGAGUGCACCGGGCUUGUCUGGCUCUCCAGCUAAGAGCUCCAUCGUGUCUGAUGGCUCUGCCUGCUCCAGUGGCAGCAGCAGUAUUACCAGCGGCACUCUGCCCAGCACGGCCCCACAACCCGUUCAGACCCAGCAGCCCUGUUCUCUCAAGGGCUCCCUCUCCUCUGACAGCAUCUAUGGUGGUGGCAUGGCCACACACGCUGGCCCAGGGCAAGGAUGGACGGUAUACCACCAAACGUCAGAGAGAGUGACCUAUAAAUCUAGUAGCAAACCGCGUGCUAGAUUCCUCAGUGGACCCGUGUCUCUGUCCAUCUGGUCCACACUGAAACGACUAUGUCUAGGCAAAGAACGCAGUAGUAGGUCUUCUCACGGCGCCAGUGCAACUCCGACAGCGUCCAAUCAGCAACAGCCACCAGCUGUUCCCACCCCUUCGUCAUCUCCUCAACCAAUGGCGGCUCUAGCUCAGGCCCAGACGAACAACAGCAACAACAAGAAGCCAGGCACCUUCACGGACGACCUGCACAAGCUGGUAGAUGAUUGGACGAAGGAGACGCUGGCGGCCAAUCAGCCACGGCCCUCUCUGAACCAGAUCAAACAGCAGAGACGCAGGCAGGACCUGGAGGGCCGAGCCACGCCCAUGGGAGGAGCCACACAGGAGGUGAGAUGUGCCAUCCUUCCAAACAAGUUCCAGCUGCCUCUGUCCUGUCCACUGACCGUUGUAGGCUUAGCCAUGCCCACUGACCUUGGCUCCAACCCCUCUGCCAUGCUCCAGCCCGGGUACCUGGUACCAGCAGGUCCUUAUGGAGGGGUUGUGCCCGGCCCCUUAUACCCCCAGCAGUGGUCUGGUAUGCCCAGUGCUGUGGGGAUGAUUGGGGCAGUGGGAGGAAUGCCCUACCCCACCAUGGCCAACCCAGGGUUGCAGGCAUACCCCCUUACCCUGCACAGCCCUGAGAACGGCCCUAACACCAGGACUACCUAAUGUGACAAAUAGCACCAUCUUGCACCCAGAAACCCCACCCCAUUGCACCUGAUGCUCAAAACAGACUGCCCCCAGUGUUCACCUCUAUCUCAGCACCCUCACAUCAGGUCUUACCUAAUUCUGUGCUAAUAAACCUAACCCCACUCUGUCCCCCCUGGUUCUCACUCCAGGGUUACAAUUGUAAUGAAAUCAGUAAUCACUUUUAAUGGGGUGACGGGAUGGAAAAUAGAAUAAAGUAGGGCCCACACAUUUAGAUGCACCAACAAAUGGCUUAUGGGUCAUUCCACCUUAAAAAUCACGAGGAUUUUGACAACCACCAUCUCUGAUUGUGCUAAAAUUGUUACUGUAGUUAGAAACAUAAGAUUAGCAUUCCUCAAACAAUUUGUUGAAGUAUAAUUUAUCGCCACACCCUUUUUUUAAAUUUCACUGAUAUUUAAGUGUUUAUUAAAUGGAUCACAUUUUUCUUUACAACAUUGGGUAGAAAACCAAUGGCUUUGGCUCAAGGGAAUAUGUUACAUAGGAUGAAGAAGCAAUACUCCAAGUCAGACAGAGAACUGUUGCUGUAUACUGGUGGGAUUGGUGUGGGGGGUCCGUGGGGGUGGUGUUUGACCAUUUUUAUUGGAUUCCUUGUCUUACUCAAUUGUUGGAAGAAGUUUGACCCAAAUCGUAUGUUUGGUACUAUGUGAAUCCUAUACAUUUAAAAGGGCCAAUUUGGGUACAAUCAAUUAGCUUAAUUUCUCAAAUUUAAACAAUGUUGCAAGAAUGCGAAUCUUAUGUUUCUAACUACAGAAACUAUUUCAGAACAAUCUGAGAUGGUCAUGGCUUGCUGAAAUGACAUGGGUUGACUCUUUGUGUUGAGUACAUUUACAUUUAAGUCAUUUAGCAGAUGCUCUUAUCCAGAGCGACACAAGAGUGUGUCUGAGUACUGGCCUCUACUUGACUGUACUACUCAACCCCUCCAGUGUUCCUAUAUGCAGGAUAGUCCUGCUCCACUCUGCUCUGAUUAUGUGGUUUGAUGCUUUAUCAAAGAGUAACAUGCAUGUAAAUAACUUGUGAGCUUGUAAAUCUCCAGUGUGCAGGUAGAUGUAUAAACUACAACACCUGAAGUUUUCCUGUGUGUGCUUGUGCACAGUAUAAAUGUCCUGUGUGUGUAUAUCAGAGUACCUACUGCUUUGGUCUUGACUAAACUCAGUCAUACAAAUAAUAUUAGCGGUCACCAAUGUGACGUUUUCACCAAAUCCAUCAACCAAUAAGCAGUAAUGUUUUCAGAAAGCUUUUUAUCGUUUUUGUCAACCUUAAUACACUACAUUAGAAAUGAGAAUACAAGGGUUUAAGAUGACAGGAUACCUGUAAUUAAGGUGAAGUUCUCUGGAGGAGUGCCUUGAACAUAGCUUUUUCUGUGAAAUGAAGCCUGUCCAAAUCACAUGCAUUUUAUUUAAUGGUGCCUUGAGUGCCACUUAAUUUUUUAAUGCUUUGCAGACACUUUUUGGUUUACAUUUGAAUGCCCUUGUAGCACUGCACUAUUAACACAGUAUAUUUGUUUAUUUAAGUAAUAAAAUCAUGUUUUUAAUCUUUUGUUUACGCCACCCGUGUGAAAUUUAGAACGCCAUAGACGUGAAAUGGACAGUUGCCUUGCGAGAACAGGCAGUUGAUGUAGCUAUAGUUAAUAAGAGAGAACGUAAGUCAAAACCCACUCAUUGGGCAGUGGUUAGUGGCAUAGUUAGAAUUCAUAGAAUUAACAUUCCAAUUCAAGUCAACGUUCCCCAAUGGAUGGAUCAAUUGAAUUUCUCAUUCAAUAUUUGUAAGUCUGUUUUUAGAGGGGAGCCAGUAGUGUCCAGCUCAGAAUGUAGCAGAGGCAGGUUUGCCGAGCGAGACUUAAAGUGCAAUUUCACCCCUCCACCUAGCUUUCGUAGUGGCCUUGCCACACGCCUUAUCCAGGAACCUGCAACGGGAGCUAGUUUCUUUUGUUGCCUUUUUAGUUGAACGUAAGUUACAAAUCACAAAGAAAACACUAACUGCAUUUACAACUGCAAAAUAUUUUCUGUUGGGCCAAGAGCAUGGCUCCUGUUUAUUAAACACGUGAUUUAAUUAGUGGAAUUACCACUUAUUUACUCGUCUAAUGUAUUGUUUUGUGUUUCUUGAGCUUUAUGUCGAUGCUGCUAGUGUGUCUGGUGGAUCCAUUAAGAAGGAAAGGAGGCGUUAGGGUGUGUAUCUCGUGGUACUUGAUAACACAACACAAGCUGAUACACAUCCCUCCAGUAAUAAAUAUCUUUUUCAGAGGAUAAGUUUUCUCAAUGAGAUCUUCAUGUGAAGCAGUGUUAUUAUAUUGCCUUGUUGACAUUAUUAAAUGAUGUAUCAUUUCCCAGGUGGUUUUUGAUACCCUGGCUUUCUUUUCUUUAUGGUUUUGAGUGUUUGAAUGAAACAUGGAUACUUGAUUGAGGAGAAUUGCACAUGACCUGUGUUCUAACCAUAGCCUGUAUGAAAUGGGUUCCCAACUUGUAAAAAUAUGAUCAUGUGUGCCAUUUGGCAGACGCUUUUAUCCAAACUGACUCGGUCAUGCGUGCAUACAUUUUUACAUAUGGGUGGUCUGGGAAAUCGAACCCACAAUCAUGGCAUUGCAAGCAUCAUGCUCUACCAACUGUUCAAUAUGUAUCCCAACAUAACUGUGCAUAAUGGGAUUAACCUCCCCCUUAUCCUCCUGAGCAGUUCAAACUGUUCAAAUAUUGUCCAUACAGCAAGAUUAUUAUUAUACCGCCAGCUAGAAAUCUCACAACCACCACACCAGUUAAAGGUUGCAGCACUCCAGUCCUGCAAAGCUGUGAAUUGUACAGUUUUCCUGUAGUUAGUAUUUGUACAUUUUCUUUGUCCGUUUUGAAAUUUCACAUCAGUGUUUGUUAUUCCAUCAAUUCGGUUUGAAUUGGACUUUUAUAGGAUAUUAUGCAGUCUUCUGCUUUGGUGAAAUACUUCUAGUAUUAAGAGAUUUCUGUUCUCUGUUACCUGUAUCUAACAGUAAUGCUACACCUCCCUGUCUUAUGCUUAGUGAGCAGAAAACCUCUGGAAUAUUCACUGGGAGGCAACAUUCAGAUCCAUAGAAAUGGAUUGUAUAGAGCCAAUACGAUUAUCUGAGGAAUAGCGCACUGCUUCUGAUCAUUGCAUUUCUAUCAGUUCUGCGCAACAUUGCCUCCUGUUGAAUAUGCACCCCCUUAUGGAAGGCUUGCAAAAAAGCUCUGUGUGGGAUUUGCUUCUGCCUGCUGUGCAUUUCCCACUAUACUACCUUACCAACCCAGUCAGCCCCACUCUAAUCACAGACUGUACAUGUUUAAAGAGAUAAAUAAACAUUAUUUUGUGCUUGA